AUGGCUACUAAAAAUACAGAAAUAAAACAAAAUGUUUUUUUUUCAAAUAUUUUUUGCCAUUCUGAAGAUUUAAAAAAUUUAAUAAGAUUAGAUUCAAAGAAAAGAACUCAUGAGAAAACUAAGGGCAAAAAUUAUUUAUCGGCAAUCAAUUUUUCCUAUGAAAAAAAUGAAAACGACGACCUUUUCAAGGUUGAAGAAAUCUACGACAGAGAUUUUUCAUCAAAAGAAAAAAAGUGCAAACUAUUUGUCCCGUUUAAAAAGAGGAAAGAAAAAGAGCCUCGAUUUAUUACCAUUGAAAAAUUAAAAAAGGAAUAUAAGAGUAUUAAUAUUUAUGACUUGUUAAAUGAGAAAAAGAAAUUGUUAGACAUAGAGGAAAUGAAAUUUACUUGGGAAGACAUAUUAAAUUAUGAUGAUUCAUCCUUUGAUAUAUUUACAAUUGAAGAGAUAGUUCAAGAAUUAAAAGAAGAAGAUCAUAUAAAUGAAAUGUAUAGAAAAAAAAAAAAAGCUCAUAUAGAAGUAAAUGAAGAAAACUAUAUAGAACAUAUGAUAAAUGAUGAGAAAAGGAAAAAAAAUAAAAUGAAUGAAGAUUUUAUUAUACCUUUUAAAGCUAAAGGAGUAUUAUAUACAAAUACUGAAAUAUUUGAAAGUAUAUUUGAAGAUAUAUAUAUUUAUGAUUAUAAUGAGAAUUCAAAACUAUUUAAAGCAAAAAAAAAAACAAGUAAAGAAUUUCUUUAUAUUAAUAGAAUUCAAUUUUUUUUUACAACUGAAAAUCCUAUAUUAUAUAUUGAAAAAUUAUUUAAUGCUAUAAAAAAUAAAUCGAAUAGUUUAAAAAGGAGAAGAAAAUUUAAAGAUAUUGAUAAGAAAUAUAAAAAUAUUAAUUGUAUUCUUGAUGAUGUUAAUAAUAUUAUACAAAAUAAUUUAUGUUUUCAAAAAUGUAAAGAUAUAGAAAAUAUGAAACAUAAUUUAAAUGAUUUUUGUAAUAUAUGGUUAGGCAGAACUUUUUUAAAUUGUUCAAUACUUAAAAAACAAUAUUCUAAUAAUAAUAAAAAUAAAUUUAUAUCAUUAUAUGAUCAAAAAAAAUAUAUUAAAUAUUAUAAUUACGAUUUUGAAAAUAAAAAAAAUAUUAUUAAACAAUGUGUACUACUUGAAAAUACGAAAGUUAUGAAAACAUUCCUAGGAAUAGUAAAUAAAUGUACCAUCAUACAAAUCUUUAUAUUCGACACGUCAAUAACAAAUUCGUUUGAAAUAAAUGAGUUUUUUCAGUUACAAAAUUUGUCAGUAUUAAAGUCUUUUGAGAGUGUUAAUAAUAUAUGGAUGAAUGACAUGAAAUUUAGCAUCGAAGACAACUUAAAGGAUUGCACCAAGGGAAACUACAACCUUAAGGAUAUAUCCAUUGAAACGUUCAAAUAUACCAAGAUAAGGAUAUUUUUUAAUAUUUUAAAAUUAAUUAUUGAAAAGAAAAUUAAUGAAAUUCUUAUAUAUAAUAUAGAUAUAUUUGUAGAUAUAUUUUGUAAUAAUAUGAAUAAUUAUAAAAAGAAUAAAAAAUAUACUCCUGUAUUUGUUAUAAAUAUUACCAAAAAGUUUGACUCUUCAAAAUUUAUAUUAGAUAAUAAUCCUUUAUUAUUUUAUGAAAAAAUAGAAGAAUUAUUUUAUUCUACACUUAUAAAAUAUCAACAAAUAGAAAAAAUAGAAAAGCUAGUUAUACCACAAAUUUUUAAAAAUGAUAAAUUUAUUUUUUAUAAGUCUAUGAAAGAAAAUGAUAACUUUAUAUCUCAAAAAUUAAAUGAUAUCAAACAUAUUUUUGAAGAAUGUAAAUCAUUAGUUGAUUCAUAUUUAUCAAAAAUUAAUAAACAUGCUGAUAUAUUAAAUUUUAAUGUAAAUGAUGCUAUAAGAAAUAUAGAUAUUAAUACAAGUGUAGAUCAUAUACAAAAUAUUAUAUAUAAAAAUGUAGACAAAAUACAAAAUAUUAAUAAUACUAUUGAGGAUAAUAUUAAUUUGGGAGUAUUCCUUGUAAAAUGUAAAGAUAUCAAACUUUUUAUUAUCAACGAAAUUAAUAAUUAUAUAAAGGCCCUCACUAAUAUAAUUGUACAGAGGUACAAAGAAAAAUACACAUCCAACCUUAUGUUUUAUAAUUCCGUUAUUGUAAGACUAAAAAAAAAAACUACCAAAAUUCAAGAGAUCUAUGAAAAAGAAGAAUAUAUAAAAGACAUGAAAAAAAGCCUUGAUUUUGUUUCUCAAGAUAUUAAAGAAAUCAAUAUAUUAUUUAAUUGCUUAAAUAAAUUAAAUUAUAAAUUUUCUAGUGAUGAUUAUCUUUCAUAUUGGAAAAUUAUAAACAGACCAAGCAAAAUUGAAAAAAUUGUAAAAGAAGUUAAUGAAAAUAUAAAAAAACAAAAAAAUGUACUAUUAGAAGAAUUAAUUAAUGAUGAAUCCAAAUUCCAAAGUAGUAUUGUUGAUAUGAAAGAAAAUGUACAAUCUAUUAAAAGUUUUAAUGAUGAAAAUAAUUAUUUAAGUAUUAAUAAAUUUAUAUUAACUGUUCAAAAUCAAUUAGCUCUUUUAAUAAAAGAGUCCAAGGAAAUUAAUUAUCGUGAGAAGCUUUUUAAUAUUGAAAUAUCUGAUUUUUCUAUACUCUUAAAAAUUCAAAACGAACUCAAUUUAUAUUACACAUUCUGGCUCAUAUACAAAAGCAUAAAGUCCAUGGAUGAACGGUUCGAAAAAAAAAUCAAUUCAUUAAAUCAUAAAAAAAUAGAAGAUGAUUUCAAUUUGAUUUUAAAAAAUAUGAAUAAAAUUAAUAAACAUGCUAAUGAAUAUUAUAAAAAUAAAAAUAGUCUAAUUAAAAAGAUGAACGAGAAAUUGCAAUUUUUCAAUUCAUAUGUGUCCCUAUUAAUAUCUUUGAGAAAACCUAGCAUUAAGGACAGGCACAAAAAUCAGAUAGCUCAGAUCAUUGACGAGAAAAAAAACAUCGACUUCAAUAAUAUAACGUUUAACGAAUUAUUAAAAUUAAACAUUAAUAAUAAAAUUACGAGUAUUAUUAAUAUUUGUGAGAAGGCAAAUAAGGAAAAUGCAAUCGAAAAGUUUUUAUAUAAAAUAAAAAAUAACUUUAGUAAAAUAAUAUUUCAAAUGAAACAUGAAGAAAACAAUAAAAUAUUUAUAAUUUCUAAUUUAAAUGAAAUAUUAACAAAAAUAGAGGAAAAUCUUGUGUUAAAUCAGAAUCUACUAAUUAUAAAUAUAUAUGAAAUAUAUCAUAUAGACAUAAUAAAUAAUCAAAACAUGAUGAUAAAUGCUAAUGCUAUUAUAAAUACUUUAAAGAAAAGUCAGAAUUUGUUCUUAUAUCUGAGUAGGAUAUUUAUUUUGACGGAUAUAUCCAAGCAGUUGAUCAAUGAAUCGAAAAAAUACAAAUUAAUCCACAGUAAUUUCUUGAAUAUGUACAAAGUUAUAGAGGAAGAUAAGAAACUUGAAAAGUUUUGCACAAGGAAAGAUACAAAAGAGAAACUAGGAGAGUUGUAUAAUAGUUUGAAUUUUUUAUUAAAAAGUAUAAAUGAAUAUUUAGAUUUAAAGAGAGAAAUAUUUAAUCGUUUUUAUUUUUUAAGUACAGAUGAUUUAAUAAAUUUAAUAUCUUCUAAUAUAAAUGAUCAAAUUAAUACUUAUCUUUUUAAAAUUUUUAAUAGUAUAUAUAAGCUUGUAAUAGUAAAUGGAUAUAUAGUUUCCUUUAAAUCUCAAAGGGGCGAAGAAUUAUUAUUAUGUAAUGAAAUAGAAAUUGAAAAAAAAGAAAUAACAGAAAUAUUAUUACAAGUAGAAAAAGAAAUGUUUUUUAGUGUAAAAAAACAGAUAUAUGAAAAUUUAAUUGAAUAUAAAAAUUUGAUAGAUAUAAAAGAAGAUGAUUUUUUAAAAAAUAAUGAAUUCCGAAAUUCAUGUCAUAGAAAAUCAUAUAACCAUAAAAAUUUGUCUUCUGAUAAAUUCCAAAAAAAAAGUAAUGAUCAUUAUAAUUAUAAUUCAUCAGAAUAUUUUUCCUAUUCAUCAAAUAUGUCACGUACAUCUGAUAUGUCUAAUUCUUCAGAUUCAUCUUAUGUUACUUCGCCUAUAUCUAAUGAAAAGGCGAAUAAAUUUUAUGAUAAUUACAACAAAUCUUAUCAUCAAACAAAAGACAGUAACAAUAAUAAUAAUAAUAAUAAUGAUCAUCAUCAUAAUAGCAAAUAUAAUGUAGAAAAAGGUAAUCGAAAUGAAAAGUAUUCUUUUACACAAAAUAAUAUGAGAAUGAAAAAUUAUAAAGAAAAAGAUUCAUCACUUCAUAAUAAUAUAUCAUAUGAAACAAUAAAUAAAAAGAUUAUAUUUUGCUUAAAUAGAAAUAGUCAAUUUGUUCUUAUAAUAAAGAAUUUAUUUUGGUCUAAUUUAGUGGAAUUAUUUUUGAAAUAUAAUAAUUUGAAUAAAUAUAAAAAAAUAUUAAAUGAAGAAUUAUAUGAAUAUAUAAAUAUAAUAAAUAAAGUAGAUAAAAAAAAAAGUGUCUUAUUACAUACACUUAUAAUUUCGCUAGUUCACAAUAGAGAUAUAGUACAAGAAUUAAUUAAGAAAAAAGUUAAUGAUUGUAAUAAUUUUAAUUGGUUAAUACAAUUAAAAUAUUUUUAUUAUAAUAAAAAUUUAUAUGUAAAAUAUUUAAAUGAAUCACAUAUAUAUGGAUAUGAAUAUAUUCAUAAUGAUAAUCAAAUUAUAUUAACCAAUUUAAUAAAUAAAUAUUUUAUAUCUAUAUUACAUUCUUAUACUUCUAAAUUGGGUGUCUGUUCUGUUGGAUUAGCUGGUACAGGAAAAACAGAAACUACAAAAUAUUUCUCAAAAUUUGUAGGCAAGUUCUAUUUUGUAUAUAAUUGUAGUAGUAAUAUAAAUUUUGAAUUCUUGAAAAAUCUAUUUUUUGGAAUAGCAACAAAUGGAAUUUUUUUUUGCUUCGAUGAAUUUAAUAGAAUAUCUAUAGAAGCUCUCAGUGUUCUAGCUCAACAAUUAUGUAAUUUAUUUAAUGCAAAAUCAAAAAAAUUUGUUAUGAAUCAUAUGAAAAAAAAAAAUGAUCAUAAAACAAUUAUAAGACAAAAUAAAAGUAAAAAUAACCUUACAGGUGUUAAUUAUCUGAAUGACCUUUCUUUGGAUUAUAAAAAUGAAGAUUCAAAAAGGGAGGGAUUACAUAAAAUAAACAGAAUAAAUAAAAUGAACACUCCAGAUAAUAUAAAUAAUUUCAAUAAUAAUGCAAAUGAACAUAUUAAGAAUAAUAAUGAUGAUGAGAAAGAAAUAUAUAAAGCAAAUAAAUCAAAUAAUAUAAAUAAUAAUUAUAAUAAAUUAAAUGUUAAUGAAAAAAAAAGUCCCAUUUGUAAAAAAAAAAAAAAAUUGUUAUUUUUUGAAGGGAAAUAUAUAAACAUUAAUGAAGAAUUUAAUAUAUUCAUAAUUAUUAAUCCUUUUUAUAAAGGUAGAAGUGAAUUACCAAAUAAUAUAAAAUCAUUAUUUCGAUCUUUUCAUUUUAUAAAACCGGAUUUUUUUACAAUCGUACAAGUUAUGUUAUAUUCCAAUGGAUAUAAGUACAGCAAAAUAUUGUCUAAAAAAAUACUUUUAUUAUUUGAUCUAUGUGAACAUAAUUUGAGUAACCAGAAGCAUUACAAGUAUGAUUUGAGGACUGUUAAGAAGAUAACGUAUGUUAUGGGGAAAAUUAAAGAGGACAAGACGGACGAUGGUAAUAAUAAUGAUAAAAAUGGUGAUAAAAAUGGUGAUAAAAAUGGUGAUAAAAAUGAUGAUAAGGAUGAUGAUGAUAAUGAUGAUGACGAUAAUGACGAUAAUGAUGAUAAUAAUGAUGAUGAUAAUAAUGAUGAUGAUAAUAAUGAUGAUGAUAAUAAUUAUAAGUGCAGCAUUUAUCAUGAAUAUAAAUUUUUAUUUAUAGCCAUCAUCGAAUGCAUCAUGCCUUCCAUAGUAAAAAACGAUAUUUACCUUUUCCUACAAAUUUUGAAAAAUAUAUUUUAUGAAUUAUAUACAUAUAACCAAUCAUUAAAUAAUUCAAGAAAAGAAGAAAAAGGUGUCAACUUAAAAAAUAUUUUAUCAAAUAAUCGUAAUAAUGAUAACAGCAUUUUGACGUAUUUAAAAAGCUUUUAUUCAAAUAUAAAUGAUGAGAAAAAGAAAAAAUCGAAGAAAAAAAUGAAGGAAGAAGGAAUUCAAAAUGAAAAAAUAAAAUACAAAGAAUAUAAUAAAGACAAUAAUAAAAAAAAUGAUGAUAGUUAUUUUGAUACCAAAGAAAUAAUAAAUAAGGAUAUUACUAAUUUAAAUAGAUCCAACAUUUUGACAAAAAAAAGAAAUCAUAUAUACGAUAUAGGUGAUGUGUCAAAUUGUGAAAUAUUGAAUGAUGAAGUUUCAAGGAAUAAAGAAACAUUAUUAUGUAAAAGAAAAGAGGCUGAUUUUACAAAAAAGGAUAAUUGUGAAAAUAAUAAGAUAGAUAUAUUAAAUAAUAAUAUUGUAAAUGAUAUGAAAAAUAUAAAAAUGAAUAUAAAAAAAAGGAAAUUUUUACAUAAAAAAGAAAUAAUAGAAGAUUAUUUAAAAGGUAUGUUAAAAAAAAAAAUGUUAGAAUUAAAUUAUGUGUGUACAGAUAGAUAUAUUACCAAAUUAAUUCAAUUAUAUAAUAUGAUAAAUUUCCAUACUGGUAUAUUAUUUUUAUCUUAUCCUUUAUCAAAAACAACAUCUUAUAAAAUAUUAAGUAGAACUAUUAAUACAAUUAAUGAUAGAGAAAUUAUUAAAACAAAAAUAAAUGAUUAUAUAAUUAAUGCUAAUGUUGUAAAAGAAAAAGAUCUUUUAGGAUUUUAUGAAGAAGUUUCAAAUAAAUGGGUACAUGGAAUAUUAACUAAAAAAAUUUUAGAAAUUAAUACAACUUAUAAUAAUACAGAUAAUUAUUUAAAUAUAAUAUAUUUUGAUUGUUAUUUACAUUCUUUAUGGAUAGAAAAUUUAAAUUCUGUUUUAGAUGAAUCCAAAAUUUUAUGUUUAUCAAAAUGUGAUAUUAUUCCUAUAUAUAAUCAUACCCAUUUUAUUAUGGAAACAUAUAAUUUAAAAAAUAUAACGAUGGCUACUAUAAGUAGAUGUGGUUUAAUAAUAUUAAAUACAUAUGAUUUAAAUAUUGCAUCUUAUAUAUGUUCAUAUAUAAAUAAAUUAUCAAAUAAUUUUGAUAUUAUUCAUAAACAUAUCUUAUUAAAUUUAUUUCUUGUAUUCUUUUAUAAAAGUGUAUUAUUUAUAUGUAUUAAUAAUUUAUUUGUAUAUACAUUUAAUGAAUAUUAUUAUUGUAUUUCUUUUAUUAAAUGUUUAGAUAGUCUCUUAUCAUAUUGUACAUUCGAAAUUACUGAUCCAAAUAUUAAAACAGAGCAAUUCCAAACAUUUAUUACUUGUAUAUUUAUCUAUUCUUUAAUAUGGUCUGUUGGUUCAAAUACAUAUAAAAGGGGAAGGAAAAUAUUUAAUGACUUUCUAUGUUCUAAUAUUUUAAAAUAUAAUUUAAAGAUAACAUUCGAAACGUUAGAAGGUAGAAUAAUUGAUAUCAGACAGAUAAAUGAAAAUAAUAAAAAAAAGAAAAACAAAAAAAAAGAAAAGAAAAAUUCAGAUCUUUCGCGUUGCUCAUUUGAUGGAAAAGAAAUAGAUGAACAGGAGAAUCAAAUGGACAUCAAAAAUGUAGGUGAUGUAAAAAAAAUACAUCCUGCCAUAAGCUCAGAUUUAGAUACGAGCUCCACAAAAAAUAUUAUUAAUAACCAUACCAAAACAACAGAUAUUAUGGACACGAAAAUUAUUAAGAACAACAAUUGUAAAUAUGCGAAUAAUACAAGUAAUAAUAAUUUACAAACACAAAAUGAUAAUAAAGAAAAAAUAUAUGAUGGUAAAGAUGAGGAAAUGAAUACAAUCAAUAAAACACAUAUUAUAGAUAAAGAUACAUUGAUAAAAAAUAAUAUGUGUCCAUAUUUUUCAGAUGAAAGCAGCUGUAAUUCUGAUAUAGAUAUAUAUAAUGAGAAGAAUAAAAAUAUUGAUAAAUAUUAUGAGAGCUUAGAUAAUAUAUAUGAUUAUUAUAUAAAAAAUUGUAAAAAGUAUAAAAAUUUAUAUAAAAAUUAUGAUAUAAAUAUAGAUGGAAAUAAUAAUGACUUUUUUCAAAAGUGUUAUGGAAAUUAUAGUUCAGAUUCAAAUAGUAGUAAUGAUCAGAGAUAUUUAAAAAGGAAAGGUAAGAAAAAACAAACAUAUAGGAGAAAAAAAAUUCAAUCUUAUAUAAAAGAUGAUAUUAAAAGGGAUGACAUUAAAAGGGAUGACAUUAAAAGGGAUAAUAUUAAAAGGGAUGACAUUAAAAGGGAUGACAUUAAAAGGGAUGAUAUUAAAAGGGAUAAUAUUAAAAGGGACGAUAUUAAAAGGGAUGAUAUUAAAAGGGAUAAUAUUAAAAGGGAUAAUAUUAAAAGGGAUGAUAUUAAAAGGGAUGAUAUUAAAAGGGAUAAUAUUAAAAGGGAUAAUAUUAAAAGGGAUAAUAUUAAAAGGGAUAAUAUUAAAAGGGAUAAUAUUAAAAGGGAUUAUAUUAAUAAAGAUAUUAUUAAUGAUCAUAAUAAUAAUAAUUACCAUAAUUAUGAUGAUUACCAUAAUUAUGAUGAUUACCAUAAUUAUGAUGAUUUCAUAAAAAAAUAUAGUUAUGAAGAAAAUGUAGAUGAUAUUCUGCAUAAUGUUAAUUAUUACAAUGAUAUCUAUAAUUUAACUGAGUCGUCAAAAGAAAAAAAGAAAGACCAUACGAAUUUUGAAAUACCAAAAGAUGUAUCAAAAAAAUCAAGUACUUUGUUAUUCAUCAAUAAUAAUGAAGAGCAAAAGGGAAACACAUAUAUCACAAUGGAAAGGGAAAAAGAAGGAAAUAAUAUACACACAAAAAAACAUAAAGAAGAUAAAUUUUAUGAGGAUGGUCAUGAUGAAGGUUAUGAUGAUGGUCAUGAUGGUGCUUAUGAUGGUGCUUAUGAGGAUGGUCAUGAUGAUGGUCUUGAUAAUGGUCAUGAUGGUGCUUAUGAUGAUGGUCUUGAUAAUGGUCAUGAUGAUGAUAUGGUAAAGGGUGAAAGAAACAUUUUUGAAAAAGUUAAACUAGAAAUUAAUUUAUUUAAUUAUUAUUUCAAUUAUCAAAAAAACGUUUUUAGCCAUUUAAAUCAUAGUGAGAAUAAAUUUACAUGCAUCGAUGAUUAUAUGAAUAAUACCGAUAUUAUGGUUAAACAAAAGAAACAUAUAUCUGUAUUAUACAAUAUUGAUAUAUUUAUAAAAAAUAAAAAAAACAUUAUCAUAGGAGGAUGUAGUAAUAUAGGUAAAACAUUAAGUGUUGAUUAUUUUUUAAAAAAAGUAAUAGCUAAAGAUAAAUUUUUUACAGUGGAAUUUUUUUUUUCCAAUAGUACUAAAAGUAAACAUGUUAGAAAUCAUAUAGAAUCUAAAUUAACAAAAAGAAGAAAUAAUUAUUAUGGAACUCCAAAUAAUCGUAUAUGUAUUUUUUAUAUUGAUGAUAUAAAUAUUGAAACAAAUAUUGGCGGUGUUAAAAAUAGUCAUUCAUUAUCUUGUCAUGAAUUUUUGAGAAUGUUAUUUAAUUAUAAAUAUUUUAUUGAUGAUAAUUUAAAUUAUAAAUAUAUAGAAGAUAUAACAUGUAUAGGUACAAUGAAUAAUUCAUAUAGUACUAGUAAUAAUAGUCGUCUUUAUAAUAAUUUUAAUAUUAUAUAUUAUAAUAAUUAUAAUUAUAAAGAAAUAUAUAAUAUAUUCUUUAAUUAUUUAAAUUGUCUAUUUAAUGUUUAUGAUAUAAAUAUUAAAAGUUUAAUACCAAACUUAGUCCAUAUGCAAAUAGAUAUUUAUAAAUCCAUAAAAUAUAUGAAAUAUGACAACAAAGUGGAUAGUAACAAAAGCAAUAAUAAUAAUAAUAAUAAUAAUAAGAUGAAGAAAAAUUCUUGUGGUAGUUAUACGUAUAUACCCUAUUCUGAAUAUAAAAAUAAAGAGGUAGAUGAAUUGUUUCUACAUUUUUGGAAUAUUAAUAAUAUGAAAAAUAUAUUCAAAUAUAUAUCAUACCUAUCGAAAAAUAUUAAUAUUAGAAAAGAACAAAUGCUUUUAUAUUUUUUAUAUGAAAAUAAAUCUUUUUAUGUUGAAAGUUUUCUUUCAAAAAAAAAAAAAAAGAAAUGUACAGAAAUUAUCAAAGAUCAUUUUAAAAAAUAUUUUCAUGAAGAAGAUACAAAUAAUCAUUUUUUAAAUACAUAUGAUAAUUUAUUAUUUUGUAAUUUUCUAAAUUUAUAUCAAAAGAUAUAUGAACAAGUUUAUGAUAUAAAUGAUUUAUAUAAUUGUAUACAUACUUAUAUAUCUGAAUAUAGUAAUAAUGAAAAACUUAAUUUAAUUAUAUUUGACAAUAUUUUAAUAUAUAUAUGUAAAAUAACAAAAACUUUUAUGAUAGACAAUUCUCAUAUUAUAUCUAUAGGAAUAAAUGAUAGUAUAAAAAAAAAUGUAACCAAAAUAUGUUCAUAUAUUAUUAAUAAAAAUUUAAUAAUAUCUGAAUUAAAUAAAAAUAGUAAAAAAAAAAAUUUCAAAGAAGAAAUUAAAAGAUGUCUAUUCGAUUGCGCUAUAUAUGAAAAAAAAUGUAUAUAUUAUUUAAACGAUAAAAAUUAUAAUAAUUUAUCUUAUAUUUUAGAAAAUCUAAAUAAUAUAUAUAAUUAUCAUGAUAGUUAUUUAUUAUAUACACAAGAAAAUUUCAAACAUAUUUUUAAUGAAUGUAAAAAUAAAUGUGAUCAACAUCAACUCGUAAGAAAUAUAACUAAUAUAUAUAAUAUUUAUAAAAACACAAUCAAACAAAAUUUUCAUGUUAAUCUAAGUAUUUCAUUAAACACAUCUUAUCAAAUUCAUAAAUAUCCUUAUAUAUUAAAAAAUUCGUAUAUCAUAUAUUUUGAGGAAAAUAAUAAUGAGGGAUUGCAUAUAAUUACUCAAAAUUUUUUUAUUAACCACUCACAAGAAUCUAAAAUUAAAAUAUUUAACAUGCCUUCUAAGGAGCAUAAUCACAAAGAUGCAAAUAAAAAUGUAGAUACAAAUAAAAAUAUAGAUACAAACAAAAAUUUAGAUACAAACAAAAAUUUAGAUACAAAUAAAAAUAUAGAUACAAACAAAAAUUUAGAUACAAACAAAAAUUUAGAUACAAAUAAAAAUAUAGAUACAAACAAAAAUUUAGAUACAAACAAAAAUUUAGAUACAAAUAAAAAAAUAGAUACAAACAAAAAUUUAGAUACAAACAAAAAUUUAGAUACAAAUGAUGAUAUAAAGGGUCAUCUUAAGGACCAUAUAAAUAAUAUUUCAGAUAAACAAAUAAAUAAAAAUCAUAAUAAUAUUAUUGACAAGGAGAAAAAUGUUAUAUUAAAAGAUACCCAUUUACAUGAUAAUAAAAUUAUAAAAAAAAGAAAUCAAAUAAAUUCCAAACAUGUUGAUAAUAUUCAUAAUAACAACCAAUAUAAUGCUCAUGUUGGUACUCGUAAAAUAGAUACAGACGAAAAUAAUCAAGAGCACAUAAAGGACGAAGGGGAUAAUAAUAUUAAUUUGAAUGAAGAAGAAACUAAUGAUAUGAUAAAUAUUAAAGGUUAUAAUACGAAUAAUCCAUGUAAUAAUACAAACGAUCAUAGUGAUCUUAUUAAGACAUAUAAUACACGGUCAGCAAAUAUAUGUAAUCAACAAAUUAAAAACGAAGAACUUCUACAAGUUGAUAUAGAAAUGAUAAAACAAGAAGAAGAUAUGAAAUGUUUAGAAAAAAUAAUUGAUAAUAAGAUAUUUAUUAGGAUACAUAAAGAAAUAAUAAUGUUAUCUAAAAAAUAUUUGAAUGAAAAAGGUAUUAAUGUAUGCAUUAAUUCAAAUAAAUAUUUACAUUUUCUUGAGCAUUUUGAUUAUUUAUUUUUUAUUAAAAAAAAAGAAUAUGAUAAACAUAUUGAUUUAUAUAGUAAAGCAUUACAUAAAUUACAUCAAUGUGAAGAGGAUAUAAAAAUUAUGAAAAAUAAUUUAUUAAAUAUUCAACCCAUCCUAAAUAGUACUAAUAUUGAAAUGAAAAAAAAGGUCAAUGAAAUUGAAAGAGAUACAAAAGAUGCAUAUAUUAAACAAUCUGAAAUAAAAAAAAAAGAAAAUGAUGUGAAAAAUAAAAUAAAAAAUAUAACUAAUUUAAAAAAUGUUGUAAAUGAAGAAAUAAGUAAAAGUUUUGAUUUAUUGAAUGAUUCAUUAAAUAAUUUGAACAAAUUAAAAGUAGAACAUCUAAGAGAAUUAAAAGCCUUUGUGAACCCACCAUCAGUUGUUGUCAUGGUUAUACAAUGUAUUCUAACAUUUCUAAAAGAAGAUGAAAAAUAUUUAGCAUCUAAAAUUAUAAGACCUAAAAGUGUUAAUUAUUGGAUUUUAGCACAAAAAACAAUUUUUAGAGAUUCUAAAGUUUUUCUAGAUAAUUUAAAGCAUUAUGAUAAGAAUUUAAUUGAAGAAGAGAUGAUAUUAAAAAUAUCUCCUUUAAUAAAAAAUAAAAACUUCAAUCCUAAAUUUGUUAGAAAAGCUUCGAAAGCAUGUGAGACCAUGUGUCAAUGGAUUCUAGCUAUUUAUCAUUAUUUUAUUAUUAAUAAAGAAUUAGAACCCAAGAAGGAGGAAGUGCUUAUGUUAGAAAAAGAAAUCGAUAAAGAGUUAGAAUAUCUAGAUAUAUGUAGAAAUGAAUUAUUUGUUGUUAAUAAUAAUUUAAAUAAAAUGGAAAAUGAAAAAGAAGAAAUUAAUAUAAAACAUAAUGAAUUAGUUAAAAAAAUUGAAAAUAUAAAACAAAAAAUUAAAAGAUCAAAAGUUAUAUUAUCAUCAUUAUUAGAUCAAGAACAUAAAUGGAAUAAUAAAAAAAUUUUCUACAUAAAAAAAAGAGAUUUAUUAAUAGGUGAUUGUAUUAUAGUUUCGAGUCUUCUAAAUUAUAUAUCACAUUUUUCAUAUGAAUAUAGAAAAAUAAUUAAAUUAAAGAUAAAAAAAAUAUUAAAUUUAUUUCAUAUAAAAUAUACUAAUAAUAUAUCUAUUCCAAAUUUUAUAGAAUCUAAAAUUAAUUUAGAAAAAUGGGUAGCAUAUGGAUUAACUAAUAGUACUUAUUACUUUGAAAAUGUAAUAAUAAUGAAUAAAAGUAUAAAAUAUAAUUUAUUAAUUGAUCCUCAUUUUAUUGCAACUAAUUUUCUUAAAAAUUUAUAUCACAAAAAAAGAGAAGUACAAAUAUUAAGAAAUAAUAGUUCUAACUUUAUAGACAAAAUAGAAAAAGCAAUGCAUCUAGGAAAUAUUAUAAUAUAUACACAUUAUGAUGAUUCCACACUUUUGUUUUCGUCUCUUUUUCAUUAUAAAAUUAAUAGAACAUUAUAUGAUUUUCAAAAAAUUAAAAUGAACAAAAUGGAAGAGACGAAUCAUGAUCACGAGGACAGGGAACAAAAAGUGACUUCUUAUGUAAACGACCCUUUGGCUAUUCCCCUGGCUUCCCAGAAUAACGAUAAUAAAAAUGAACGUGAUGAUAAUAAAAACAAAUGUGAUGAUAAUAAAAACAAUUGUGAUGAUAAUAAAAACAAAUGUGAUGAUAAUAAAAACAAAUGUGAUGAUAAUAAAAACAAAUGUGAUGAUAAUAAAAACAAAUGUGAUGAUAAUAAAAACAAAUGUGAUGAUAAUAAUAACAAUUUAAAAAUCAACUGCGUUAAUUUCAACAACAAGAUUAUUACUGUAGACCCGUUGUUCGAUAUAUAUUUUAUAGUUUAUGGUAAUAUUCAAUUUGAUGAUAUUACACAAAAUUAUGUAAAUAUAAUAGAUUUUAAUAUAAAUUUAAAAAUUUUAGAAGAAUAUUUUUUAGAAAACUUAAUUGAAAAAUUAUCAAAAAGUUAUAACGAAAAAAGAUCCAAUUUAAUCCAUCAUAUUCAUGAUUUAAAUAAUCAAAUAAUAAUAAAAGAAAAAGAAAUAUUACACAUUUUAAAUUAUAAAGAAGAUAUAUUAUGUGAUGAUGAUAUUGUUAUUAUUUUUAAAAAUGCUAAUAAUCUGUUUUAUGAAAAUAAAAAAAAAAUUAAAGAAUUUAAAAUUAAUAAAAAAGAAAUAAACAAAAUGAGAGAUAAUUAUAUGAGUAUGGCAAAACAUAUUUCUGUUAUUUAUAUUUGUAUAAAUAAUUUGAUUACAUUAAACUUUUUUUAUAAUUUCUCUAUAUUAUCUUUUAUUAAUUUAUUACAUAUUAGUAUAGAUAAAUCUGAUGAAAAUAAAUUAUUAGAAAGAAGAAAAAAAGAUAUCCUAAAUAUAUUCACUAGAAAAAUACAUUACGAACUAUCAAGAACAUUAUCUGAGAAACAUCAACUCAUUUUUUUCUUCUAUAUGGUUUGUAUGAUAAAUAUUUAUAAAAAAGACAUUGAUUAUGAUGAUUAUUAUUUUCUCAUAUAUGAUGAUUUUCCUCAUACCUAUGAUAUUAAAAAUGAAAUUGUUAAAAUGGAAAAAGCAAAAGAAAAAGAAAACAUAAAAAAAAAAAAUAAAAUAAAUCAUCAUGAUGAAGACAAAAAUGUUAAUCUUUAUAUAAAUGCAUCUGAUAAUCAUAACAAUAUGAAAUCAGAAAAUAAAAACAGUUCUUCUGAUGAAAAUUAUCAAUAUGAAAGUGAACAAUAUGAUAGUAGUAUUUCGGGUUCGGAAGAUGUAUCUUUGUGUAGCCUUGCGUCGGAGGGUAGCGAAAAGGAUUCUUCCGAUCAAACGGAUUCGCUUAAAAAAUAUAAAAAAAAAAAAAAAGAUAAUAAUGAUGAUAAUGAUGAUAAUGAUAAUAAUGAUGAUAAUAAUGAUGAUAAUAAUGAUGAUAAUGAUGAUAAUGAUGAUAAUAAUGAUGAUAAUAAUGAUGAUAAUAAUGAUGAUAAUAAUAAUGAUCAUAUUAGUAAUCAUAGUAAUAAUCAUAGUAGUAAUCAUAGUAGUGAUCAUCAUAAUGGGAUAAACCAAAAGAAGGAUAUAGAAUACAUGGUUAUGCAAAAGAGAAACGCAAAAGAUGACUUCAUAGACACAUUUGAUAAUAAUAUCAUUUUUGAAAAAGAAGAACAAAAUAAAAAUGAAGAUUCAGACUUGAUUUUUGAUUUUGAUACAAAAAAAUUAACAUGGAUGAAUAGAAAAGAAUAUUUAAGUAUUAAAAAAUUAAUAAAAAAAAAAAAAUUUUAUGAAUUUUUUAAAAAAGUUCUUAAUGAAUAUGAAUAUAUAUUUCGAAAUAUAAAAACAGAUCAUACUAUAUUACAACAUAAAGAUAUUAAAAAUCUAUUAACUAGCUUUGAAAAAUUAAUUAUAUAUAAAAUAUUUAGAUUUGAUAUUUUAAAAUUAAAUAUGAAUAAUUAUAUAGAUAAAUAUUUAAAUAUACAAACAUCUAGUUAUACAAAAGAUUUAUAUAAAUGUUAUGAACAUUCAUCUAAAUAUAAACUAAUUCUAAUAUUAUCUAAACACCAUUUAAGUACAGCUAGCGAAAUUAUGAUUCUAAGUGAAAAAAUUACAGGCAAAAAUAAUUUAAUAAUAUAUAAUAAAAAUGAUGUAAAUUAUCUAAUUGAUAUAUUAAAUGAUUCUAUAAAAAAUGGAUUAUGGGUGCUCAUAGAAAAUGCUCAUUUAAAUAUACAUCUAAUAUUAGAAAUAGAAAAAUAUAUAGAAACAUGUAAUAUACAAUAUUCAAAUCCUGAAUUCAGGAUAUGGAUAAGUACAAGUUCGGUUGAAUAUUUUCCUUAUUAUCUUUUAAAGUUAUGUAUUAAGGUGACUUUCGAAAAUGUAUAUAAUUUGAAAUCUUGUCUGUUGAAUAUUUAUUCAAAUGUGUGUGAUGACCAGGAGGAUCAAAUAGAAAAGAAAUAUGACCCUGAUCAGGCUGACGUCAAAAGGGGAGAUAAUAAAAGGGGUGAUAGAAAAGGGGGUGAUAGAAAAAGGGGUGAUAGAAAAAGGGGUGAUGAUAAUUAUGAUGAUAAUUAUGAUGAUAAAUACGAUGAUGAUAAUUAUGAUGAUAAAUACGAUGAUGAUAAUUAUGAUGAUAAAUACAAUGAUAAUAAUUAUGAUGAUAAUUAUGAUGAUGAAAAAAAAAAAAAUGUUCACACAUCAGAUUAUGAAAAUAAUUGUAGCCAAAGCAGUAAAGAAACAACAUCUGAAAGUGAACAUGCUGAUAUAAAUAUGGUACCGAAAAAAAAAAAAAAAUUAAACGAAAAUGAAAAAAUAUUAAUGAACAAAUUAAAUUUUAGUUUAUGUUUUUUUCAUGCAUUAAUUCAAGAAAGAACAAAAUUUAAAAAUAAAGGAUUUAAUAAUUGUUAUGAAUUUACAGACAUGGAAUUAAGAUUAGCUAAUGAAAAUAUUAUAAAUUUUGUUCAUAAUAAAAAUAUAGAUAUAAAUUUGUUAAUAUAUUUAAUUGGUAAAAUAAUAUAUGGUGGUAUAAUAAUAGAUAUAAAUGAUCAGAAAUGUUUUAAUAUUAUUUUAAAAAAAUAUAUUAAUGAAAUAAUAACAUAUUCAAAUAAUGAAUAUAAAUUUAAUAAUUAUUAUUAUUGUCCUCAUAGUUCAAAUAAAAAUAUUUUUUUAAGAUAUAUUAAAUCAUUACAAUAUGUAACUGAUUUUUCUAUAUUUAAUUUACAUCCUUCUCUUAAUAUAUUAUAUAUGAAAAAUUAUAAUUUUAAAAUAUUAAAAAAUCUACAACGAUUAGAAUCCAAUAUAAUGAUAAAUGAUCAACAACAAAUACAUAUCUUCUAUAUUAUCACUAUUCUAAAAAAUAUUUUACCCAAUUUUAUAGAUACUAAUAUAUUAAAUUAUUUAUUUCUAAAUAAUAUUAAUUGUUCUAUAAUAACAUUCUUAAAAAUUGAAGCUGAUAAAUAUAAUUAUUUAUUAACAAUUAUAUAUAACGAUCUUACUAAUAUAAUCUAUUUUGUUCAAAAAAAAAAAAUACAUUCUAAAAAUAUUAUUCAUACCUAUAAUUCAUUAAUUAAUUUGUCUAUACCUAAAAAAUGGAUAACAUAUUCUUUCUUUUCUAAUUUACAAAUAUUCCAUUAUGCUACACUUAUAAAAGUCAAGGUUACACAUAUAAAGAACUACAUAAAGAAUUUUAAAAACAAAAUUUUUAAUUUGGGAGCUUUUUUAUCUCCUAAGAGUUUGCUGUUAGCCAUUCGGCAAAAGUUUAGCCAAGAAUUAAAAGUAGAUGCUAAUAAAAUAAAAUUAAAAUAUGAAAUAACAAAAUAUUUUAAUGAAGACGAUAUAAACGAUAAAGAUCAUUAUUAUAUUGGUGGUUUUUUUCUUGAAGGAGCUACAUUCGAUAUUACUAAUAUGAUAAUAAAACAAUCUACAUCUAUACAAUUAUAUUCUCCUAUGCCUUACAUCAAAAUAUAUUUUCUUACUAAAAAUAUUUCCCAUCAAAAAUAUACAAGGAGAAAUUCGUACGUAUUCAAGUGUCCCAUAUAUAAAAAUAUUCACAAAUCGGGAUAUACCUUAACUAAUAAUGAACCAAUAUUCUACUUAAAGUUAAAUUCAAAAGAACGAAAAGAAAAAUGGAUUGAGCGAAACAUAUCUGGAGUUUUAAUGAUGAAAUAUGAAUAA